AUUCAAUUUCUAUUUUGGAAAAAAAUAUCCUCGUUCUGCUCUGCUUGAUUCUAUUUAUUUUUAUAUUUAUUUUGUUUGAUCCACUCAAUUUUAUACUGGGCAAGAUUUUUUUCGUCUCGUCGUUGAAUUAUGAGCACAAGUUCGUUCUGAUUUUUUCUUCUUUCAAGCGGUCGAUCGGUUCCUCUUCUUCUUCUGAGUGCGCUGCGUGGGCGGCGCGCACAUGUUGGCGGUCCUGACGGCUCCGGCGAUCGGACGUCGGGCCGACAGCACAUCGCUGUCCCCGCUGACGUCGUUGACGGAGCUCAUGGAUCCCUCGCUUCGUCUUCCCGUAGAGCAGUCACUCGCCGCUCGGUACUCCGAAUGGGUAGCGGAGGCUCUCGACGAGAUCCAGGGUUGCUUCCUCAUCACCGACCCUGACAUCGCCGGCCACCCCAUCGUGUUCGCCAGCCGGGGGUUCCUUGCCAUGUCCGGGUACUCGCUCGAGGAGGUGCUCGGCCGGAACGGCCGGAUCUUCCAGGGAGCUGCCACCGACAGGCAAUCGGUGAUGGAGAUUAGGGAGGCGAUACGGGAGGAGCGGACGCUCCAGAUUAGCUUGCUUAAUUACAGAAAAGACGGGACGCCGCAUUGGAUACUCUUCCACCUCUUCCCGGUAUUUGGAGUGGAGGACGGCAGGGUCGCCCACUUCGUGGCGGUCCAAGUGCCGAUCCCGAGGCGAUCGAGGUGCUUGAGAUCUUUGGCGGAGAAUAGGCAUGAGGGAGGGACGGGAAGGUUCCUCGUGGCUUGCCGGAACGAGUUUCGAUCGGACUACAAAUUGGGUUGUAACCCAGUUGUUGAAUUGUUUGUGGACGUCGACAACAGAGGAUUGGAAGCUGAGGAGUCACGCCAUGCAACCGAGCAAGAGAAGGAGAAGGCAUGCGAUGCUGCCAACAGCAUCCUUUCUACUCUGGCUCAUUAUAGCAAGCUGACAGGCAGAGUGAUCAGCGACAAAAGACGCAGUGAGGCAGGCAUUUCUGCUAUCAACUCAUCCCUUGUUAUAUCUCUUGGUAGAAUCAAACAGAGUUUUGUAUUGACUGAUAUUCAGUUGCCUCAGAUGCCCAUUGUCUAUGCUAGUGACGAGUUCUUAAACCUGACAGGUUAUUCCAGACAUGAAGUUUUGGGACGCGAAUGUUGGUUCUUGAACGGACCUGAUACAGAUGCAGAUGUUUUACAUCAGAUUAGGCAGAGCAUUCAGGCUGAGCAUUCUUGCACAGUUCGUCUUCUAAACUAUAGGAAGGAUAGAAGCUCGUUCUGGAAUUUAUUUCAUAUUUCACCUGUGAGAAAUGCAUCUGGCAAGAUAGCGUUUUACGUUAGUGUUCAGAUGGACGAGAAUGCAAAGAGCAAUGAGCAUGGUUUGAGUCCACACAUGAGGCAGCUUGGUGUCGUGGGUGCAGUCAAGGUUGCUGUCAGAAGUUUAUCGAUGUGUGCCGGUCCUUCAAGGCGAUGAUUGUCGUAGGGAAAAACAAUGUAGUUUUUACCGGGUUAAUAGUUCUUUCCAGGUUUGUUUUUUUUUCACGCUCUUUCUUUUGCUCUUCCCGCUAUAAUGACAGAAAAUGCUCUCAGGCCGAAAAAAGAAAUUAUAGUGUUUGUGUUCUCCUAUAUAAAAUAACUGCCUCAAUGAAAAUUGAACAUAUUCUUACUGACUGUUGAAGAGGAGUACUUGGAACUCAUCAAAAGUUCUAAAUAUAAUCUGUAAAUGAUGAUAGUGAAUCAGUAGUCUUGGACAUGACUCUAGAAUAUCCGUGUAUAUCUCAUUCUUUGGAUAAUAAUUAUGCGUUUGUA